UACUCUUGAUUAUUAUUUGACUAUCAGCACUAUGGAAGACACCGAAACUGAUACAGAUUCAUGCUCUGAAGAAACGAGUAGCUCCUCAGGCGAGAAUGAAAUGCAACCAUCAUCAUGGACGUAUAUUUGCAAAUCCAUAAUUGAUCUAACUAACUCUGGAGAGUAUAUAGACGUUGAAACUGUAUGCAAAUCAGCAGAACAGGCAUUUUAUAAUGAAGAUCCAGUCAGUUCAUUGAAGCUUUUUUCGCUUGGUUUAAAACAGCACACUGACAAAAGAGAGAUGAACACGCCAAGACAUAGAAGUAGAAUGUGUUCAAAUAGCAUUCCAUUAGAAUUAGAUAUUUUGAACAAUGUUUGUCUGGCAAUAAAUCAGUGUGCUCUGUAUGUUGCGAAGGAUGAGACAAAGAAUGUGAAUUUAACAAUAACUAAGCAAAGUAUAAAGCAAGCCAUAGAGAGUAUUUUGAAUAGUUAUGAAAGACUAUCAGCUGUCACAACGCAGUUAUUAUGCAGUGCUGCAUCAUUAUUUUUCAGUUUGAAAAUUUUUGAAAAAAGUCUACUUUUGGCAACUAGGGCACUUCAUUCAGAACCGUCUUCAAUUUUAGCCCAAGAAACCUAUGAAAAUAUGUGCUGUCAUCUUGUUGAGAGAUGGCACUUUAUAAUGCUGAAUGACAAGUCAAGGAACCAAGCCUAUCAAAAAGCUCUGUGUAAUGAAAUUAGAAAAUUUAAUCAGAAGAUAGCAGUCUGUGAUGUUGGGUGUGGAACAGGGUUAUUAAGUCUAAUUGCUAGUCAAGAAAGUAACUGCAGUCAUGUAUUUGCCAUUGAAAAAUCAUCUAUUAUGUGUAAUGUAGCCAAUGAAGUGUUUAGAGCAAAUCUAGUUGAAGAUUGUAUCCACAAAGUGAAGGUUAUUAAUAAAAUGUCUACUGAAAUGCGGAUCCCAGUCCAUAUGCCACUUAAAGCAGAUAUCCUAGUUACAGAAACUUUCGAUGCAGGUCUUUUUGGUGAAGGCAUCUUACCUACUCUUUGUCAUGCAUGGUCCAAUUUAUUAAAGAAUGAGCAGGAAAAAGGAAUGGUAAUCCCAAGAAAAGCUACAUUGUAUUUGCAAGCCAUUGAAUCUGAUUAUAUUUGUAAUGAAAAUAGAUUUGCAGGACAAUUUUGUGACCUCAACCUUAGUGAUAUCAUCAUCUGCAGUACUAUCGGAAUGUGUGAUUCAGACCCCUACACGACACAUGAUCUCAAACAUUUGCCUGGAGGAUACAAAAGUUUAUCUCCCUGUAUACAAUUUAUGGAUGUAGAUUUCAACAAUCCUCAAGAUCUGCAUCAAUUAAACCAAGGAAUAACAAAACAACUGUGUGUGAAUAUAGUUGAGGACGGAAGACUAGAUGCUUUAGCCAUGUGGUUUUCCUUAGACCUGAGUGAUAAUGUUCAAAUCUCAACCCACACCAACUGUAAUGGCUGCUGGGAGCAGGCUAUCUUCUCUGUUCACACUCCCAAAGCUAUAGAAAAACUUGAAUCUAGAGAAGGUUCGAGGUUGAAUCUAAAUGUCUACAAGGGAGACAAUAUUAAUGUUGUUCAGUGUGUGAAGGGAGGGAAGCUUUGCAUGACUGUUAGUGAUGUAAUACAACUGACCAGCAAAGAAAGUCAGCCACCUAGUCUUAGUGAUGUCCCAAAGCUGUUUAGCAACCCUUUGGAUUGGUGUAGCCAACAAGUAUACUGCUUGAGUGACUGGGAAGUUAUUAACCUCAACAACAACAACUUGCACAAUCUAAUAUACAACUGUCUAAGGAAGAUUAUCUCCAAACCAAGGACAAUUACCUUAGAUUUUGUUCAUCUUAAUCAUGGAUUCUCUCCCAUGGUUUUAGCAGCCUCAAAACUAGGCUAUGAUCACUGCACAGCUAUUUCCCACAACCCCAUUCAUUUAUCACUGCUGAAAACACUCAUCACAGAGUGUUGCCUUCAAGACCAUAGCUUUACUUUAGUGGAAGAUCUUGAUGGCUUCAUUGAGAUGCUAGACAUCCCAGGGCAGGAUGACUCAGAACUUUCAUCUCAGCACCGCCCUGGGGAGGAACCAGAUGGGGGUCAAGCAGGCCAAGCAUCAGGCACAGGUCAAGAAUGUCCCACAGGAGAAAAAUCUUCCAAAGUGUCACCUGAAGCAGAGAAAACUGUUGUUUUCUUGUGUGAUGUUGUAGACUUUCAAGGACGGAUGGUGGAAAAUUUGUCUGACCAACUCAAAGUUGCCAAGUAUUGUAUGUCUAACUACGUGAAAAAGACAGUUCUACCAUACUGUGUAGAAGUCUUUGGUGUGUUGGUGGAAUCGGAAGAUUUACUUCGCCUCAGUCGUAUUCAAAAUGAUGACAACACACUUGGCUACAACAUUGCUAGUUUUUUUAACAAAUUCUCAUCAAGUAACUACCAAGGCAUCACUCUGAGCACUCUAACACACACAAAACUAUCCAAACCUUUCAAGAUGUUUACUUUGAAUCUCACUAGAAUGAUGGAUGGAUUGAAUGAAACUAAAGCUAUUCCUGAAGACAAUCAGGCAGGAUGUAGUGUGACCAGCAAGACAGAGCUAGAUGGGCCACUGGCCAAACAAGGUACACAUUGCAAGUCUGUUGGGCUGUCCUCUGAACAUGAGCAUGUUUUGGAUCAGAACUUUACACCUCUCUCAGAACUACCUGACACAAGUGGACACGAUGCCAACUCAAAUUUUGUGUCUGACAAACUUGUAACCCAAGAUAAAACUCAUGCCAAGAGGAUAUCUUCAGAAUUUGCAGUGGAGGGGAACUCUCUAGAAAAUGAAAAUGUUUUAGCAGAUGGUAUAAAACGAAGAAAAGUUAACCUGACAGACAGCCCUAGUAAAACAUCAAGCUCUGUAACUGAUGAUGAAACAGAAAUGGAACAACACAAACAAAUAAAGGUCUCUGUUGUCAACCCUGGCUGUGUGACUGCCCUUGUCUAUUGGUUUGAGCUUCAUAUCUCACCCACAGUGAGAGUUAACACCCUUGACAGCCAUCUGCACUGGCAACAGGCAGCAGUGAUGGCCAACAGGAAAUGGAGCGUUGACACAGGGGACAUAUUGGAUUUGAGUUGUAGAUUGGCUAAUUCUGCCAUCAAUUUCAACAUUAACAAAUAACUUGUCCUUUCAGUUAAGGCAUUCGCCUAAUUAUUUUUUAUGGUGGAGAAAUUAUUUUAAAAUGUCAUUCUUUAUUUUAUCAAUAAAUCUACCUUCAAUUAAAUAUUACUUGUCAUAUUGAACUACCAGGAAUACUACUGACAAACUUUACAACUUUAUUUCCAGCAUUAGAAAUUUGUGAUGAAAUCUUAUUUAUUAAGUGUUCAUGUAAUUUUUAAUAAUUGAAUUGCUGUUAAGAAAUUCUCUGUAAAUAGACUUUAAUUUCUACAAUUAGUCAUGUAAUAUAUGUAUAUAAUCACUUCAAAAGAGUCAUGUUUAUAUCCUAAUUGGUAAUUUCAGGUAAUCAAAAUAUACAAAAUUCUGUUUAAAUCUUGAUUGAAAUAUCAAACAUUGGUGAUAUUAACACUAGGGUGGGUGUGUUCAAAAAGACCAUGUGAUCAAUAGCCAGAUAGAUCUAGUUCUAUUUUUAAUAAAUUGUUAACUAGGACCUUACCCAGAGCCAGCAACAUUAUUCAUCCAUAUGAUCUUUUAAGUGAUCAAAUAUGUUCAUGUUAUUUCAUGUUGAAAGGUUUCAUUUUUAUUGAUCAAUCUCGGGUAAAAAAAAUUAUGAUAUAUAUCAUUGUUCUGGUUGUUGAAGCAUUUUUGCCAGUUAUCGCCAGUUUAUUAAAGCAUUUAAAAUAAUCUGACUUUCAGAAUUUUUACUUUAAGUAUUAAUCUGUUAAAUUAUUUAUUUCAUGCCAGUACAUAGUUUUGUUAUACAUUUAUUUACAAAUUAAUUAUUUUGGUUUGCAUUUGAUAAAAGAAAGCAAAUUUAUUUUAUUUUUUAUAAUUUUCAGUGCAUUUAAAAGUUUAUUAUUGUAAAGGUUUUUCUUUUUUAUUAUAUUUUCUACUUUUUACUAACAUAAAUUUUUAAAAUAAAGUAUUUAGUUGAUCUUUUAGUUGUUUUUUUUUGUAUUCUGUUCUUAGCAAUACGUACAAGACUAAAAAUAUGUGCUAUAAACUAUCAGUUCAUGAUAGCUAAAAGACAAUUAUCAGCUUCUUCUUAGCCCGCUUUUGUUGUCAGGCAUGUGAACCAUCCAUGACCCACAGUUCACAAACCCACAAUAACUGUCCGCUAAAUGGAAGCUUAUA